UGUGCGCGCGGCGGGCGGGUGUUCGGAAGGCGGGGCGCGCGAGCCAACGAGCCCAGAGCCUCGGCGGCGGCCCAGCACCAUGGACAACUUUCAGAAAGUGGAGAAGAUCGGGGAGGGCACCUACGGAGUAGUCUAUAAGGCAAUGAAUAAAGUGACGGGAGAGAUGGUGGCUCUGAAAAAAAUAAGGCUGGACGCGGAAAUGGAAGGAGUGCCAAGUACUGCUAUUCGAGAAAUAUCAUUAUUAAAAGAAUUGAAUCAUCAAAAUAUUGUAAGACUGCUAGAUGUUAUCCACAGCGAAAAAAAAUUGUAUUUGGUGUUUGAAUUUCUCAAUAAAGAUCUGAAGAAGUAUAUGGACUCUGCUCCUCCAACUGGGCUCUCUUUGCAAUUAGUUAAGAGUUAUCUGUUCCAGCUCCUUCAAGGUGUCGCAUUCUGUCACUCUCACAGAGUUCUUCAUCGAGAUCUGAAACCACAAAACUUGCUCAUUAAUGAUGGCGGUGCAAUCAAAUUGGCAGAUUUUGGAUUGGCAAGGGCUUUUGGGGUUCCUGUGCGCACAUAUACACAUGAGGUUGUAACCUUAUGGUAUAGAGCACCAGAAAUUUUAAUGGGAUGUAAAUUUUAUUCAACAGCAGUGGAUGUUUGGAGCAUUGGAUGCAUUUUUGCAGAAAUGGUUACAAGAAAACCCUUGUUUCCUGGAGAUUCUGAGAUUGAUCAGCUUUUCAGGAUUUUCCGCACACUUGGAACACCAAAUGAGUCUGUGUGGCCUGGGGUUACUCAACUACCUGACUACAAAGCAAACUUUCCGCAGUGGAACAGACAAGAUUUCAAUAAGAUACUACCCAAUCUGGACAUAGAUGGCAGAGAUCUGCUAAUGCAAAUGCUCCAAUAUGAUCCUAACAAGAGGAUUUCUGCAAAAAUUGCCAUAAGUCAUCGAUUUUUCAGUGAUGUGACCAUUCAGCUGCCACAUAUACAGCUGUAGAGUGAUCUGCAAUUGGAAAAUAAAGGAAAUAUCUUAGUUUUCUUUCUUUAAAAAUUCCUUUCAAUGCACUAUUUUCCUAGAGAUUAUGAUAUUUAUCAGAAAAUGAAAAUUACACUGGUAUUUAGUGGUGUCUGGGUUUAAUAAAAAUUAAUAAGCUCUGAAGGGAACAAAAUGUACAAAUAUGUAUUGUAUUAUGGGCAGUGGUUUAAUGCAUUUAAAUUGUUUUGUUCUAGUUUUAUAAAAUGUUAUCUCUGAAACUCCAUUUAUUGUAAAUAAAACUGGAAAUAUGACAUAAAAUGGGUUGAUAUUUAACAGUGGAUGUAAAUCAAUAUGAAAAUAAGAAUUUACUUCGUGGUGUUCUGUGCCAUUGAUUUUAGAGUUUAUAAUCAUUUUAAUCUGCUUAUUUCAAACACCCAGCAAUCACUUAAUUGUGACGCCAACCUCAUAUUGAAAGACAUGGAUUUGAAUCCUAGCCUUAAUGAGUACAAUUUAUUUACUGUUUUUGUGCAUCUUUUCCUCGUUCUUUCUUGGGUUUCCCAGAUUUUCCAAUUUUAGAUCAAGGAAGAAUCUGUGAGAUGUAAGCAGUGUGAGGUGGACUGUGAUGCAUUUUUUUUUGACUAUUCGAUUAAAAGGAUGUACAAAAGCAGAUGCGAGAAUAAUACAGGUGGAUCCCGGGUAUAAGUAAACCCAACAUGUAAAUAAGCUCUAGAUACGCUGGAGAGUAAACUUUUUCGGAAGUGUUGUUUCCUCACAAGUUUUUUGUGAUCAUGAUAGACCACCUAAAGAUGAACACAAAUAUAAUUUCAGACUACUAAUAUCAUGUAGGAAUUUAGAGAAACAAGAAAUUAACUUAUUGAAUAUAAUGCAUUUAAUUGCAAACCGGUGCUGACACUUUGCAAUACUUUAACUAAACUGAAACCGUUUUGUUAAUGAUUUUCUUUUGUACUCGGUGACUGAGGCUUCUUGCUUAAGUAUUUAAACAAACAAUAAUCAGCUCUCAUUGAUGGUUUCCAGUUACCCUGAUACCAUUUCUCCACGACCGCAAUGUCCUGGUGAAAUCUUUCACCAUGCUUGCCACAGACAGCGCUGAGAUUUACAGGGAAGAAGUCUAAAUGGGAAUGCAGAAAAUGAAUCUUUUGUGACAGGUUACACAUCAUGGUUUUAUACGCUUGAAGCAUGUUGUCAGCCAACUGCAUGUAGUUUGGUAUUCUGCAGUUGUCAAGAAAAUUUUCAACAACAUCUAUGAAUAUCUUCCAUGUGAUUUUUUUCCCAUCCCACUAGAAGUUCUUUGAAUUGCCUGUCAUUGAUGACCUGUUUGAUCUGUGGACCAUCAGUUAUUCUGGGAAACAACUGUCUCAAAUAUUGAAAUCCUUCACCUUGCUUGUUCAUGGUUUUCACAAAAUUUUUCGUAAGCUCCAGUUUUAUAUGAAGAGGAGGCAAACUAUCUUUGUUGGGUUUACAAGUGGCUUAUAUGCCACUCUUUUCUGCCCUGGAACCACUGUAUACGGAGUGGCCGAUCCUUUUUACUGUAAUGAGAUUCUUUAGCAUGAUGACAGCAGAUUCCACCCUUGCAGUCUUGAACCCAGUAAUUCUUUUUUUUGCUUUUGACAAACCCAAGGCUCUGAUCUGAUCAUUUAACUUAGACUGAGUUACCAAAUGAGGCCAAAUUGACAUAAAGAGUUUAACAUUUAUAACUGUUGUUUUCCAUUCCUGGUAUGUGCAUCAUGGCAUCUUUGUCUGCCUCCUCUAGACUCCAUGCCUCUGGUGGCUUUGGUACUGGACGACUAUCAUCAUGUGGCACAGACUGAAGGGUAUUUGGGGUAUUCAAUGGAUUUCUUGUUUUCAACAGAGAAACCAGACCUAAGUUGCAAUCUGUCACAUGAUCCUGCUCUGGCAAUAUGAUCGGGACAUUGACUUACUCGUACCUCUGAGCCAAGCUCUAAGAUCAAUAGCGUAUGUUGCGCAACAAAUGUGACGAGCCCAGGCUUUGCCUUGGUUGCCGAUUUUACACCCAAAGUAGAGCUCAUAGGCUUUCUUAAUAAGAUGAGACAUGUUCUGUCUUUGAGAUUUAACCAUAUACUCGCCACAAAUAUAACAAAGCAUCACAAUUGUUGCAACAUUGGUGAGACAUUUUGCUAUUGCAAUUCUGAAAAUAAUUUAUUAAUAAUGAGUACACAUAAUUUGCUAUGCGCAUCAACGUGAUCACAAACCGAUAUACGUGUAAACGCAAUGCAUAGAACAGUGCUUGAUGCUUUUAUAGCCUUUCUAAAACCCGUCCUGCCAUACAGCCUCCACCCUGCCUAAGCAUGCCUGGACCAGAUAGAUGUAAACCCAAUGCAUAGAACAGUGUGUGCGUGAUGCUUUUAUAGCCUUUCUAAAACCCGUCCUGCCAUACAGCCUCCACCCUGCCUAAGCAUGCCUGGACCAAAUAGAUGUAAACCCAAUGCAUAGAACAGUGUGUGCGUGAUGCUUUUAUAGCCUUUCUAAAACCCGUCCUGCCAUACAGCCUCCACCCUGCCUAAGCAUGCCUGGACCAGAUAGAUGUAAACCCAAUGCAUAGAACAGUGUGUGCGUGAUGCUUUUAUAGCCUUUCUUAAACCUGUCCUGCCAUACAGCCUCCACGCUGCCUAAGCAUGCCUGGACCAGAUAGAUGUAAACCCAAUGCAUAGAACAGUGUGUGCGUGAUGCUUUUAUAGCCUUUCUAAAACCCGUCCUGCCAUACAGCCUCCACCCUGCCUAAGCAUGCCUGGACCAGAUAGAUGUAAACCCAAUGCAUAGAACAGUGUGUGCGUGAUGCUUUUAUAGCCUUUCUUAAACCUGAUCUGCCAUGCAGCCUCCACCCUGCUUAAGUAUGCCCAGGCAUGUCUGGACAAGAUAGAAAACUUCUUAGUUUGCAUUGUGAGCAACAUUUUAAUUGACUUGAAUUAUGAAUUGAAAUAACAAAUACAGAUGAUUUUUUUUAAAAAUGGUGCAUAAUAGGGAAAUUUCAUGGUGAUGUUCAUGAUCAGCAGCCCAAAAACCAUAAGGUACACCCAAAAGUAUCCAGGAAGCAAAAUCUUCAUUGUCCAGUGAUAUUAUUAAGAAGUCUGACAUAUAUGGGCAUUCCCAUGUACAACAGAACUCUUUUUUUCCAUUGGUCCUGACGAAAGGUCUUAACCUGAAAUGUUGACUGUACUUCUUCCUAUAGAUGCUGCAUGGCCUGCUGCAUUCCACCAGCAUUUUGUGUGUGUUGCUUGAAUUUCCAGCAUCUGCAUAUUUUCUCAUGCUUCCAACAGAACUAGCUACCCUUUUUCUCCCUUUAGUAAUUCUUCUUUCCUAAUCAGUCUUAUAUGUUUUUGAUGCCAUUCUUUACAAUGCUGUGGAGGUAAUGGUUACCAUAACAAGUGAUUUUUGUGUAAUUAACAUUUAUGGACAAAAUUGACUUCAUGGUUAUUUAGAAUCUGUUCAUUAGCUGGAAGUGGUCUCUAUACAAACUCUUUUCAUAGCAACUUUCGUAAUUUGUCUUUUAACUUUUAAAAUCCAAAUGAUUAAUCCAUUGAUCCAAAUAACAUCUAGAUAUUGAGUAAGUAUAGGGUUAAACUUUUUUGAUGUUUUUCAAAAAAUCAAAUGAUGUCACACAUGUUGAGAAAAAAGUUAUGCCUGUUGGUACCCAUCAAAUUGUACAUGUUCAUGCUUAAUAGAACGGGAAAGGAAAUAAACUAUAAAGAAUAAAUAAUCAUAAGUAAUCUUCUGGUUAUUGUCUGUACCCAGUCUGUGUGAAAUGGUUGGGUUUGCACUCAGACUGCUUUCUCCGUCUGCUUGGAUGAGUCUGAAAGUCUACUGAAUAUGUCACAAUUUUUUUCUUCAAUUUAUGGUUUCCCAUUUUUAUUUAGUACCUAGGAGAUGACCAAUUUUCCCAGGAAAAGUGUUUUACCGGAUGUUUUUUAGUUAAUUGAUUUUGAUAAUAGUAAAAAUAAAAGUUGGUGAUUGUAAAAGCUGAUUUGUUAACCAAUAGUUUCUACAAGUAGUUUAGUUUUCAUGAUCCUUUAUUAUUAUGACAGUAUCUAUAUAUGACGAGAAUCAAAUGGAUUUUCAGUUUUCUUUUAACCAAGCCUUGGACUGAAGUUUUGUAUAAAAUUUAUUUCUACAAGUGAUCUUUGGACAGUUCACGGAAUUGCUGGAUGAAUCAGAAUAAAACUCCAUAACUGCAUUACUAUAACAAACAUAUUGUAUUAACAUAUUGCACUUUGCCUUUUAGAACGGUGACUUUUCUGGAGCAGUACCUGGCAGGCUAUUUGUACACAUGCCCAUUUCCCCCAUAGUGGGUAAUCUAUUAUACACUGCUAAAGUUUGAAAUGGAAUUUUCAACAGUACAAUAAACUAGUACCCUUCUGAUUUUUCAAUGUUUCUUGGGUGUACUAUUGCCUUCAGUUUCCAGCUAGGAUUCUAAAGAGAGAGAGGUUAUAGCUGCAAUUAUUUUCCUAUACAGUACUUUGGGUCAGAAUGCUUCACAACUUUAAUAUCUCAGUUUAAUGUUUUGUUGAGUAGGUAAUUGGUGAUUUUUAAAUAAGCAGUGUGUGAUCCUUUUAAAAAAAGAUCCCUGCUGGAAUAUUCUUGACUAGAAGGUAACAAUAGUAAAUUUGGAUAUGGUGACAUGAAUCUGUUAUUUUGUUGUUUGGUUUCUGACUGAAGCUAAAAGCUCAAGUUCAAAUUUAUUGUCAUAGGCAAAUAUAUAUGUACAUAGGUUAUAACAGCCAUGAAAAUCAACUUCUUGCAGCAGUGGCACAGUACAUUACAAUAAGACAAAUAUUAAUUACACAUACAUAACUUACAGAGCAAAAUAAACAAUGCAGGUUGAGAGGGAGAAAAUAAAAUAUAGUCCGAGGUACUAUUAUGGUUUUCCAAGUUGGCUCAAGUGGGGAGUACACUGGGGAAGAAACUUAUUAAAAUUUGAAGCCUAGGUCUCAGCCUCCUGUAUACCUCCUGCCUGUUGGCAACAUCAGGAAGAGGGCAUGGCUCAGAUAGAGACAGUAUCAGUGUUGAAUGCUGCCUUCCUGAGACAUUGCCUCUUGUAGAUGUUCUCGAUGGUGGAAAGAGUGGUACCCAUGAUGGAAGUGGCUGAGUUCAUUACUCUGUAGCCUCUUGUGUUCCUGUGCAAAUGAGUUUCCAUACUGGGCUGUAAUGCAACUAUUCAGAAUGCUUUCCACUGCACCUCUGUAGUAGUUUGUCGGUCUUUGAUGACUUGUCGAUUCUCCUCAAAAGUUCUAAGAAAGUAGAAACACUGGCAUGUGUUCUUCAUGGAAAAUAAGCAAAUAACACAACAUUAAUAAAUAGUAGAUAUAAUUUAAAAGUGAAAACUAUAUUAAUAUUUCAAGCAUGAACAUUGAUCAAGAAUUCACAAUGAGUUCUACAGUAACAUUUUGUAAAGUAAGAAAAUAUGAUGGUAUACUCUGGAAAAUGAAAAGGUACAGCUAAAUGUGGAAUCUUAGUUGUCAGUUACUACCCUAAUCAGAAAGUUGUACUGUUGCAGUUUACCAAAUAAUGGCAGAAACUGAAUUCAACUUUUGACAGAAUAUUUCAAAUAAACUAUUAUAUCUUCUUUUUCUUAAGUUCAUGACAUUUGACCUGUUACUGUUCCCCAUAUUUAUAUCCCUAUAUUAAGUUUGCUUUUGGUAAAAUGUUUAAAAUCAUAUGUACAAUUAAAGGAUUUUAAUUCCUGAUUUAAUUCAGUAAUUUUAUUCUGGAUUAACUACCCUAAAG